GGACUCCCGCAAGGACACCCCAAAUCUUGUCCAUCUGCACCAAUUCCACUACAUCUGGGCUCUCGGCAGCCACUGAGAAGGGGCAGGACCAAUCCACUGGUGCUGCUCUGAACCAAACCUUCUUGUUAAACAUUGGCCAAAUCUUAGUGAUGCCUAUAUAUGUGAGGUCUUUGCAUAAUAGGCAACUGAGCUACUUCCGUGUGGUUUGUUUGUGCGGUGCUUGGCUUUGUAAGACAUCUGUCUCUAGACUCUCCGUGCUAUACAAUAAUUCACUGCAAACGAAGGUGUUACUCAGGCUGGACGCGUGCUUUGGAAGAAACACACUCUGGAAGAAUGAUGCACAUGUUGGGCCUCCUUAUCAUUGUCGCCUCAGUGACAUUAUGCGAUGCACAAUGCUGGCUGACAAGAAUUGAAUCUGAUGCACAAGGCUGCAUUGAUGAGAAUGGAGUGCUACAUGAAUUCAACUCCAAAUGGAAAACGAAGGAUUGCCAGAGCUGUAGCUGUAGCAAGGAAACAAUGGGGUGCUGCAGCCUAGUUAUCACCCCUAGGAUCUAUGACGAAGAGAAAUGUGAAAGUAUAUUCUACGAGGAGACCUGUAGCUACAAAGUGGUGGAGAAGGCCGACCCCUCUAAGCUCUGUGAGGUCCACGGUGCCGUAGGCUAACAAACAACCCAUUCAGAAUCAAGAUGGGCGUCUGGGCAAAUCCUUUUGGAUCACAGUUGUUUUUAAGUGUCCUUAAGCAAUUCAGUGUGUGAGAAUACCAGCCCUGUAUUUGAUUCUAGGGUGUUUCUGUUACUAUCUGUGGUGGCAUAAUCGAGCUAUGAGCACAGGUCUUGUAAAUUCUUUUCUAAUGAUCAUUUGAUUAAAAUAAACGCUGAUACAGCAUCAAA